UCCUCGCUCCCUCCAUCCAUCUCUCCCUCCCUAUCAUCUAUCUAUUCAUCUAUCUGGAUUACAGCAAAACAAAGAAUAAAGAUUAUGAAGAAAGAGAAGAACUUCCCAGGCCCGCGCAGCCGUCGGCUCCUGCGCUCCCAACGGGGUGGGCCAGUUCCUUCCUCGCACCCUCUUCUCUCCCGGUGCCUGCGGUCCCACCUUCCAGAUACCCCUCGGAGAGUCCAGCUGAGCUCUCGCCAGAGCUUUCCCCCUUCCAACCCGCUCGAAUUGCCCAGACCCCAAGCUGGGCUUCUCUCUCCAUCGCCCCAGAAAGUGGGUCUUGGAGACCGAGGCAAGAAUUUGGGCCUCCGCUUCUGUUCCAGACCCCCGACCCCUUGCCAAAAUGCGGCAGGUGUGCAGAUUGGGCCGCGCUUGGUUCCUGGCUGGGUUUAUGGAGCCUGCGGCCCAGGCAGGCUCCGCAGACCCGGAGCCAGAGUGGGAUUUAACGGCGGCCGGUGCGCUGUGCUUGGUCAACCCCGGUAACCGUCACACUGCUCUUGAUAUGAAAAAAACCGGCCAGCGUUCUGCUUUUCUGCCCCGCUGCAGUCAAAACCCGCCAGGGUUCUGUCCGAGUGUUUGGAUUUUGUAAUUCUUCUCUCUUUGGCCAACUCCCCGUCCUUGGCCGGGCUCAGUGCUGCCAGUCCUGCAGGACCCUAGCCCCGGGCGGCUCUGCCUGAGGCCCAGUUCUCACUGAUGCGGAGUGGCCCAAGGGUGGGAGCAGCGGUUAAUGCCGGACUGAUUAAUACAAGCUCCAGUGAAAGCGAAAGUAAGAAAAUAAAACGGAUUGCAGUAUACAUAUACAAUGUGUAUAGGAAUACAUGUACAUACAUAUUACACGUAUGUGUAUGUAACGCACGUUUGUUAAAAUGAGGUCAUAAUGUUCAUGCUGUUUCAUAACCCACUUUCUUUCAAUGACCACCUUUUCAUUUCAGUAAAUCUUUGUAUUCUCAUGUUGCAGCUUCUCCAUUUUUCUUUAACAUGUUGUUUACAGAGUUUGUGCAAACCUGUACCAAAUCCAGAACCAUGCAUCUAUAACAUGCUAAAAGAUUGUCAACCUAGAAUCCUAUAACAACCACAAAAAAAAGACCUACCUAAAUGGAGGCAAAGUAAUGACUUCAGACGAAAAAAAAAAAAAAAAGGAAAUCUGAAAAUCUGAGGGAAUUUGUCACCAGCCGAUCUUUCUUAUGAAAAAAUAUUAAAGGAAGUUCUUUAGCUGGAAGGAAAAUGAUAUCUGAAUGAAACUCAGAUCUACAAAAAAGAAUGAAGGGCACAGAAGAUAGUAAAUAUGCAGAUAAAUAUUAAAAAAUUCUCUUUUUUACUGUUAAAAUUAUUCUUUUUUUACAAUAUAACAAAAUGUAUUUUCAUUGGAUAUUAAUUAUGAACCCAUAAUGCAUGUAAACUAAAUACAAUACUUCAAAUCAUUCUGC